UCGUGCGAAUGUCUCGAUCCUUACCUUUUUGUUUGUUUUUUCUUUUAAUCACUGCCGCAUGGGACGGCGCUUACGUUUCAGUUAACCCUUUAUUUUGAAACGAUGGAACGUUGUUCUUAUGGUUUUUACACCAAAAGGUCUGAAAUUCUAGAUAAUAUACAAAAGAAAAAAGAACAGGAAAAAGAGCCACAGAGCCCCAGUUACCAACAACAAUUGGGGAAACCUGCUGAAAAGUCAAUUCAUUCUGCAGAACAGAAUGCUAAUGUCCCAGUGACACAGCAUGUGCCUGCUCAGCAACUGCUCUCUCCGAAUGCUCCAGGCCAACCUGCGCAAGCAAAAGAUGACCCUAAAGAUAAGGCAUUAAAAGUCACCAAUUCAACCACUAUAACGUUAAUUGAGAACAGUAACCUCAAUGGUGAAAAGGAUAAAGACAGUAACUAUCCUAAAAACUACUUUACUUUAGAGCCUAAGGGUGACAAGAAAGAUGAAUGUAAUAAAAAUAGUAUUACGAUAACUAGGACUGUGCCCAAACAAUCACCUGGUGGUGGUCAGGCAGAUAAGCCGAAGGCACCGUCAAAACCUGUUAAACGGCCACUGCAGUGUUUAGAAACACUCGCAGAAAAGGCUGGUAUAACAUUUGAGGAUAAGUACGAAGCUGCAAAUACUCUUUUGGCUUUGGAUAAGCAGAAUAAUACUUAUCGGAGGCCUGAGAUUAAACAGCCAAAGCUAGAGCCUGAUAACCACAGCACAGGGGAGGAAUAUAGAUACAGGAAUCAAAAAGAAGAAGAUGACAAGUUACAGAUCCAACAGCAAAUAAUCCAGCAGCAGCAGCAGCAACAGUUGCAGCAGUUACAGCACCAGCAGCUGCAGCAGUUGCAACAGCAGCAGUUACAGCAGCUCCAACAGCACGCGCUACAGAGACAGCACCACCAGGCCAUACAGCAGCAUAUAAAGAACCAGCAGGAUCAGCAGGAGUUGUUGCAGAAGCAAUUCCAGCAGCAACAACAACAACAGCAACAACAACAGCAGCAGCAACAACAACAGCAACAACAACAGCAGCAACAACAACAACAACAGCAGCAACAACAAAAAGCCGAUAUACAGUCUCAACAGCAAGACCUUCAACAGCAGAAGUUUCUACAGGUGGUGAACAAUCAGCCGGUUCACACUCAGCAGUUUAACGUGCCCGGUAUCGGAGAGAUCAACCUGAGUUUCUUGGCGUCACCACAGAGUAACGUCAACCUACUGUUCGAUAAGAACUCGAAGACUGGCAUGAGCGGAGAGAUCAAACCACAAAUCGUAGACGGACAAACUCAAGUGGUGCAGCAGCAGAUGAGCAUGGCCCAGCACGACGCUGGCCAGCAGCAUCACCAGACCGUCACUGUGGUUUCCUCAAUGCCUAGCAGCAUGACGCCUCAUCAGGUCCAACAGCAGCAGCAAGCGGGUGGUAUCCAGCAGCAGGCGGGAGUGACCACCAUGCCGCCGCUGCAGAGCCUGCCCCCUAACACCCAGCACCCCCAACAGAUCAGUGCCGAAUGGGGUCACAGUCGCGUGCAGGUGAUCCAGCAGCCGCUGCAGAACAGCACGUACCUGCAGCAGCUGUACAACACGCAGGGCCCGCUGCUUAUGCCCGGCAACAUCGCGCUGCAUCCCGGCAUCAACUCGCAGCAGAUUCAGGUGAUCGCCGCUGGCAAGCCGUUCCAGGGCAGCCAGUUGGCGCCACACAUGCUCACUACUCAGGGGAAACAGGUUCUCCAAGGUCAGGCUGCGCCUUUCCCGGGGUAUACCACGAUCCCGGCGAUCCCCACGACCCAGAACCAGACGUUCGUGUUUAGCCCCCUAGGCGUGAUCAACUCGCAGCCCAAUAUUCUGCCGUCGCACUCCCAGCCCACCGUAUCUGGGAUUGGCCAGCAACAGAAGUCUGCUGACAUGCAUAAGGUGAUGAGCGGCGGCAAGGUGACUGGCGGUAAGGUGACGUCGGGCGGCGCCGGGCAGGCGGUGCCGGUGCAAGCGCAGUGCGUGCAGGUCUCGCAGCCGGUGCUGAGCGCACAGCAGGCGGCGCAAGCGCAGAUCAUCAGCCCGCUGCAGGCUGGCGGCCAGACGAUGCAGUUCGCUCCGUGGCAGCUGUCCGGAGCCCUACCGCAGGUGUGGACCGGCGGCAUCCAGGCCGGGGCUCUGCCCGCCGGGGGCCUGCUCACCCACAACCCGAUAUUCAUCAGGGGCACUCAGCCGGACGCCCCGCCCUCGAUGUUCAUUCAACACUCGCCGCAGAACAACGUUCAGCAUGCGAACGUGAGCGUGGCGUGCGCGACUCCGACGCCGGUCAAGCCUCGCGCGGCGGCCGACGGCAUGAGCAAAGCGCCGCGGCCGCUGUCCAACAUCCUGCCGUCCGCCGGCAUCCGGCCCGCCUCGUCCGUGUCCACGCAAACCAACGCCAACCAGCAGAACCAGGCUAAACAGCGUGGCAAGCCCGGAGUGAGGUCGCCCGCGCCGGCCGCAAAGCAAGAUGCCGCCAACCAGACCAACAAGAUGCAGCAUCAGAUGCAGCCGAAGCAGCAGCUGCUGGUGAUGAACUCAAGUGGGCAAAUUGGACAGAUCACGAGCGUGCAAGAUAAGAACUCGGUCAACAAGUCCAUCCAGCAACAAGCCAUGAUGCAACAGCAGGCUAUUCAGCAACAGCAGCAACAACAGCAGCAGCAGCAGCAACAGCAGCAGCAACAGCAGCAACAGCAGCAGCAGCAACAACAACAACAACAACAACAACAACAACAACAGCAACAGAUGCUCCAUCAGCAGCAGCAAACUCAACAGAUGGUGCAGCAUUAUCAGCAACAAGGAAUGACGCUGGGCAUGCAACAAACGUUGCCCGUAGGCUCGGUGUCGCAAACCAUUCCGAUGGCGGGCAUGCCGCAAACCAUAUCGAUGGUGCAGCAAAUACAUCCGCUGGGCGGUAUGGCGCAGGCGGGCACGCUGGUGGGACAAAUCAACAGCGCGCCGGCACAGCCGGGCGGCACGCAGGUGCAAACGCUGCCGCAGCAACCGCAGGCUUUGGUCGGCAACGGCAUCGUGCAGACUUCAGUGGGCAUGGCAGUGCAACAGCCUACGCUCAACCACUCCACCCCGAUGCAGACCGUGUCGGCCAACAGCCUAAGCUCGCCGCAGCUGACGCUGCAGGCGCCGGGCACCGUCGGCCUCAUCGCGGCGCCGGUUCAGGGCUCGGUGCUGCCGAUGCAGCCGCCGGCCACGCUCGUGGCUCACGUCAAGACUGAGGAUGACAAGAGCCAGAUGGCGCCACCGGCGCCGGUGCAGCAGAUCGCGCCGCAGCCGAUGGCGGUCGACGCGGCGCCCGAGCCGGCCAGCGCGCCGUUCAGCGCGGCGCCUGCGCCAGACACCCCGGCCUCCGCCCCUGUCUCUUCUGCUGAGUUCCAGCGCGCAUCGAGCGCCACAGUCACGACGGAGUCCAAGCAGGUGACGCCAAAGACCGAGACGGCGCCGGCCACGAGCUCAGAGCCGGCGCCGGCGCCGCCCGCGCCGCCCGUGCCCAACAGCGCGCAGCAGACCACGCCCGUCGCGCCGCAGCAGGUGGUGACGACGGUGGCGUCCUCUACUUCCGCGUCGUCCACGAUGACGGCAGCGAUCACAGCGCCGGUGUCCGCUGGUGGAACCACUGCGCUUUUCAAGUCUUCGCAGAGCGCUCCGAGGCACAUGAGCCAGCAGGCUUCGCAUGAUAAAGGCUUACCCAAAGCCAUGGUGAAGCCCAACAUCCUGACGCACGUCAUCGAAGGCUACGUCAUUCAAGAGGCCGGAGAACCGUUUGCUGUGAGAAGUGUAAAUCGUCCUCUGCGCGAAUGGACCGCUGAUAAGGAACAAGACAAGGAGAACAAACUCCCGUCUUCCGACGAGCCACCGCGAAAGAAGCAAAUGCUAGACCCGGCUACUUUGAACAUAGCGCGCAUCACGUCGAGUAGCAGCGAGCCGGCCGGUCGCGAGCGCGAGCGGGAGAGGGAACGAGAGAGGGAGAGAGUAGAGGCGGCUCAGGUCGUCACCGCGAAGGCGUCGCCUAGCAACGAGCCGGACACCGCGACUAGCGACGACCAGGCGGCCAAGUUCCCCAACGCCAAUAAGUGGACCGUGAACGAGGUGUGCGAGUUUAUCCGCAACAUCCCCGGUUGCGCUACCUACGCCGACGAGUUCCUGAUGCAAGAGGUGGACGGAGAGGCGCUGCUGCUCAUCCGGCCCGAGCACCUGGUCAUGGCGCUGUCCAUGAAGCUCGGGCCCGCGCUCAAGAUCGUGGCCUGCAUCGACUCCUUGCGUCCUGAGGGCGAGCAGACCACGCACGAGAACGACUGAGGUGAGCGACUGCUGCAGACGAGGUCUCGUGCAGGAGUGGACGGAGAGGCGCUGCUGUUCAUCCGGCCCGAACACCUGGUCAUGGCGCUGUCCAUGAAGCUCGGGCCCGCGCUCAAGAUCGUGGCCUGCAUCGACUCCCUGCGUCCUGAGGGCGAGCAGACCACGCACGAGAACGACUGAGGUGAGCGACUGCUGCAGACGAGGUCUCGUGCAGGAGUGGACGGAGAGGCGCUGCUGUUCAUCCGGCCCGAACACCUGGUCAUGGCGCUGUCCAUGAAGCUCGGGCCCGCGCUCAAGAUCGUGGCCUGCAUCGACUCCCUGCGUCCUGAGGGCGAGCAGACCACGCACGAGAACGACUGAGAUUUUGUUGCCUACUAUCUGAACGCGGAUCGAAACCUGUGAAGUUUUCGUAAGUGUUCAUAUAUUACUCUUAGUGAGAUAAUAUAAAAAUGAUAGUGGGCAACCUAAAACACUGGCUAUACGAGCCGAUCUAAGACUAUUAACAGCGUACUUUAUACUCUAAAAGAUCUUCAUGUACUAUGACUUCGUAAUAUAAUAUUAGCUAAUCUUAAUCUACUUAUACAGGGCUAUUUGUAAAACACCAGCAACUUCGCAGUUAGAUUAAUUUGUUCUACGACUUUUGAAAAUUCGUAGUUUUUUUUCGUACUUACUAAAAUAAAUAUUAAUUGAUUUGACCGCUCCACUAUUACUAUGAGCUUGCUGGUGUUUUACAAAUAACCUUGUAUAUUAAAAUAUAUACAAACGGUUAUAUUAUGGUAUCAAACGCGUUCGCAAUUCGUUAUUUUAGUUUCUAAGGUGUCUUAUUAAAUAACAGCAAUAUCCAGAACAAAUGCGGUUAUUUAAUAACUCUGCACCACAUAGCUUUAUUAUUUAUGAAUUUUAGCAUUUACGUUUUUUCUUGUGUUUAUUAAUUUGUGUAACAUAAACUAACGCUUUUGUGUAAAUGUAAAAUUCGUCUAACAUCGAGGCGAGACUUCGCGAUAGUAAGAUUCAGGUAUAAACGAAUUCAGUGAAGGAAAUUGACUUCUUUGUGAUUAAAGUUAAAUUUUUAAUAUUAUAACAUCUAACGAAAUCUAAUUUUUCAGUAAAGAACAUUUUAGCGUCUUUUUUAAGAACAACGAAUCUAAAUUUUAUAAAAUCUAGUAUUUAUGUGAGACAAUAUUAAGGCAUAGGCUACAUAAAUAAUUAUUUCUAAAAUAAAUUUGAACAAAAAUCGCAAUUAAACCUACGAAAUAUUUACAUUACUUAAAUUAUAAAGUCAUGAAUAUGAAAAGACCUGGUUAAUAUGAAAUAUGGUUACGUGUUAGCUAUGCCAUUAUUUUGUUUUUGACAUCGAUUGUUUGCCAAGUAACUAAACACUGGUUCGUUUCCUCGUUGCGCUGUCGUGAAACAAGCCUGAGGUGCAUUAAGGACAAAUGUCGAAAGGUCCGCCUACUUAGAUAUAAGCAAAGUACUCGGAUUAAUCGAACUACAACCCAGAUUAAUCUAUGUAGCUAUGCACUUAUUUUUAGUUUUUUAUUCGCGUUUUAAAAUUAUUUUAAUUUACCUUUUAUUUUACAAACAAAUACAACCGAUUGCUCUUUAAUCUUUAGUAUAAAUAUUAACGAUGGAUGUUGUAUCAGGUUGUCCCAUUAUAUUUAUAAACAUCUUAAAACACAACUGAACCUGGGAGUCAAUUUUAUAGUUCUUACUGGGAUUUUGUCACAUUUAUUUGCAUAUAAAAUUCACAUGCGAAUUCCUUAUGAAUUUAUUAUGAACUUAUUUGUAUUUUUAAUUCCUUUUACCUUCGUAUUUUUUAUACCACGUAUUAACAAUUAAUUAUAAGUUAUAAUGAAAUGUCGGUUUUAGGCUUUUAAAACUUAAUUUCAGUCAGUUUUAAAAGCAUUAUCCCGUCGCGUUUGCUGUUGACUUAGGAUAUUUUGAAUUGAUUGCAAUGACCCUUUGUUUAAAACUAAUUGUCUCGUUUUUAUUAUAAUGUUAAUAUAUCGCACUCCCACGUGGUUGUCAUUAAAUUAUUACUUACGGGACAACCUGUGUAGAUUAGUGUAUAAGUGAUAAUAAGUGAUUUACCUUGUGUACUUGUAUUAUAUUAAUGUAUGCAGUUAUGUAAGCAUACAGUGACCAGAACUGGGAUACAAUUAACAUGUCUUAGGAACUGAACGAGACAAUUGUGAAGGUGAAACCUUCGUACUCGGUUCAGGACGUCGGCUGUCCGUUGUACUCAAGCUAUAGUUUAACAAACAACGGCAUUGGUUAGACUCUGUCGCUAGCUUCCUUACGACGGACGGUAAAACAGUUGUAUUGGUGCAUCUCAGUAACUAAUGCAUCCGAGGCGUUUAAAUUGGCUGCGUUUAAAUGUUGCAUUCGAGUGCAGGCAAUCAAUGAGGUGCACAGAUCACGACUCGACAAUUUUAUAAAUUAUUAUAGUUCUAAAUAAAUUAACUGUCUGUUAGUGGUUCAGUAUUCAAGUUCGUUUUUACUAAGGGGUGAGUUCGAAUUUUAGUCGAUUGUAUACUACAACCGCAGAUCGCGAAUUAUAACAACAUAACCCUCCUUCAGGCGCAGUCAGGUAAUGACUCCUAGUCUGUGGUUGCACGCAAAACAGUAGAGUCGCUGUGUGGUCUGCGGUCAGUCCAACUCACACCUUAAGAUCAACACUGUUAUGAACUAAUAAGUAAAAUUAGUAAUUUUAUAGUUUAAGAGCGCGCGGCGUAACAUCCGUAUAUUACUUACUUAAGUAUUAAAAUAUUAAUUAAUCACUUAACUUUUAUGUUGGUGUAUAUUCGUUUAUAUUAUUAUAGUUGUUGUAAUAUUUUAAAAUGUUAGUAGCUUAUAACAACAGAGGGGAGAAUGUGCAACAAUAUUUUACAAGCCCCUUUAAUACAUAGUAUCUCAUUCCUUAUGAUUUUUUUUAACAAUUUCUUACUCACCCAUGAAACUGUAAAAUCUAUGGUGCUAAUUAGUUCUACGUGUUGUCACGUACUUUUUCUUAUUUAGUUAAUUAUGAGGGCUGGUAGAGUAAGUCGCGCCUUGUUAUAUUGCAAAUGAGAUCUAUGUUUUGACGUUUUCUAAAACUACCUGCGGGCGUAAUGAAAAUGAUUGGUCGCAGAGGUGUGUGUGCAAUAGGCAAUUAGACAGUAGAUACGCGUCUGGUAAUAAAUAAAUCUGUAAUGCACAUGAAUAGAAAGAAACACACCGAAACAACUAGAGCAACCACAUUCGUAAUUUUUGCGUGAUUUGCACUUCCAGCUCACAUUUCGUAAUGAAGUUACAUUGUAAAUAUUUUAAGUUUAACGUCAAUUGUAGUCAGGCCUCGUAAGCCGUCGCUGACCUCGGUCAACAGGCCGUUUACUUGCAAGACAAUUAUUUACACACAUUUUUCAGGAUAUACAUCGAUUUUACUAACUGAUUUUAUUAUUCAUUAUAUUUCUUAGCAGAGUUUUCAAUUUAUACUAACAGUAACAUUUGUAUACCCGUACGUUGUAAAUACUAGAAAAGGAAACAUGUACUGGACACUUACACACGCUUUUAGUGCGAUUUGUAUAUACUUAUUAUAUUUUAACAAUUAGAUACCAAAAACAGGUCAGUACCUUAUUAAUAUCAUACAGUGUAAGUACUGGGAAUUUAAAACAAUUUUAAGAACAUUUAAUGUAUAAAUUUGAUGUUUUAGAUAAGUGUUCUGCAAACUGGAUCCUUGAUGUAAUAUGAACUAUGUCCAGGUUGCUCUCGUAGAUUCUCGCCUAAAAUGUUUUAUAAUUCCCCAACUUCUGGCACUCUAUCAAGGGGUGCGAACUAUCGUGAAUGUUAAUAUACCUAAUACUAAUAAAAUAAUAAUACUUAUCGUAUUUAUGUGGUAAUGUAAAAAUGUCGUUUUAGAUUUACUUAUUUGGUAACAUUAGGAUAACAUAGUGAACGUCUAAUUUGUACAUUUUGAAAACGGCUCUCCACUGCCCUAACACAGCAUAGUCACAUCUGUAAAUAUUAUUUAUGUGGUUUUAUUACUUUUAAUAUUAGUGAAGUUAAUUAGCGGUAGUACUCCGCAUUGUUGACGUCAAUACUCUUAUUUUGUAGUGGUUGGGAAAAUGUUGGGUAGUUAGUUUUGUUAUCAUAUGUUUUGUAACAUCAAAAACGUUGCAUCUAGAUAGUUUUUGAGGAUGCUAUUAUUUCUUAAUUACUUUUUAAUUGCAAAGAUGCUAUUCGUUUAAGAUGUUCUUUUGUGAAUGUACAUCGAUAUGUACGGGCGUGACUAAACACUUGUGUAACUUGAUAGAUUUUGAAUUGUCCAACUAACAUUGCUCAACUCAACACUGAUACUAUUGUUCACGUCAAAAUUAGGAAAAAAUAAAGCAAUUGAGACUGA